CGUGACGAACACAGGAAGGAACAACGAGAGAACAUGUGGAGUGUACUGUUACUCAUUGGACUAACGAAGGCUGUCUCCUACGUCGCCGGGAUCGCUUCCACCGUCGACGAGAAAUCGGUACCAUUGGUGAAUAUCAGCGUCGUGGAAGGAAAGCCAGCGGAACUGCCAUGCGACAUCACCCCACCCGGAGAGGACACCCUGCACAUGGUCUUCUGGUUCAAGGACGAGGCCGGAGUACCACUGUACACGAUCGAUGCACGAGAGAAGCCAGUGACCAAAGCGCAACACUCCUCGGAUUCCGGGGUGUUCGGGCCACGGGCGUACUUUCGCACGGCAUUCCCGAGUCCGGCGGUGCUCGUGAUCGAGGACAUCAAGAGGCACGACGCGGCCACCUACAGGUGCAGAGUCGACUUCCGGAAGGGGCAAACCCGCAGCUUUCGUUACAACCUCACCGUCAUCGUGCCACCGGAACAACCGACUAUCUUGGAUCAGUGGGGCAAGAUAGUAAACGGAACAGCGGGACCCUACGAGGAGGGUGAUACUCCCUCCCUCACGUGUCGCGUCACCGGCGGCAAGCCGGAACCCAUGGUUCGGUGGCUCGUCAAUGGUCAGGUGAAAGACGAGGAGUACGAGAAGAACGCCGGCGACGUCAUCGAGAACAGGCUGACACUGCAGCCCAUCACGAGGACGGCGCUCGGGGCGAAUUUCACGUGCCAGGCGAGAAACACGGACCUGAUCGAGCCAAAGGAAGCCACGAUUUCCUUGGAUCUUAAUCUGAAACCGUUGACGGCGACCAUAAGGAGGCCAGGAAAAAAGGGAGUCGGGAACGAGUCUCUGUUGGCCGGGAAACGUUACGAGGUGGAAUGCGAGACGACGGGCUCGAGGCCACCGGCGGUGAUAACUUGGUACAAGGGACGGAGAAGACAGCUGAAACACACCACGGAGGAGCGAUCGGAGAAUCGGACGGUGAGCAUGGUGGAGUUCGAGCCGGGGGUGGAGGAUCACGGGAAAUCGAUCACCUGUAGGGCCGAAAAUCCCAACGUGACGGGACUUUUUGUGGAGAAAUCCUGGAAAAUCGACGUGGUCUAUCCUCCAAUCGUGUCGCUGAACCUUGGAUCGACGCUGAGUCCGGAGGACAUCAAGGAGGGCGACGACGUCUACUUCGAGUGUCACAUCAGGGCUAAUCCUCCCUGGUCGAAGCUGACGUGGAUACACGACAACCAAAUACUGGCGCACAACACGUCAGCCAGGAUAAUCUGGUCGAAUCAGAGCCUGGUGCUUCAGAGCGUGACCAGGAGUAGCGCCGGCAAGUACGUGUGCGCCGCAACGAAUGACCUGAACGAAACUCGGAGCAAGCCUCUUCAUUUUCGCGUCAAGUUCGCGCCUGUGUGCAAGGAGGACAGGAUCAUGGUGGUCGGAGCGUCGAGGGGCGAGUCGUUGAACAUCGCGUGCAGAGUGGAGGCCGAUCCGCCAGCGCACAAUUUCCGAUGGAAAUUCAACAACAGCGGAGAGACGUUGGAAGUAGCGCCGGGCAGAUUCUCGAUGGAGAAGUCGAGCGGCGUGAGCGUGCUCAGGUACACGCCGACCACAGAGCUGGAUUACGGUACUCUGUCGUGCUGGGCGGACAAUUCCGUCGGUCCACAAGCGAGACCGUGUCUCUUCCAGCUGAUAGCCGCCGGAAAACCAUUUCCGGUCCGUAACUGCACGCUCGCGAACCAGACUUACACCAGCGUGGAGGUGAAAUGCGUGGCUGGCUAUGAUGGCGGGCUUCCGCAAAAAUUCAUCCUGGAGGUGUACCACGGCGACGUGGAUUUCCUGUCGAGCAGCCAGCCCCUCUACAACGUCUCGAACGUCGACGAGCCGAGUUUCUCCCUCGCAGGAUUGGAGGCGUCCGUCGAGGCUGGCGUUCACGUCGCGGUCUACGCCGUGAACGCCAAAGGCCGCAGUCAGCCAGUCAUCCUCAGCGAGGUCACCUAUCGCGACGCCGAGAAACGUACCGGGCAAGACGCUGGAAUCGUGUUAUCCCCGCUGAUAGGCGUGGUGGUAGGAGCGUUGGUCACGCUGGUGCUGAUCAUCCUGGUUGUGGUGGUGCGAGUACGACGGGAACGAGUGUCGAAGCCGAGGCACGAAAAACCGGCGGAGCUGAGCGAACUGCCACCGCAACAGUACCCUCUACAGAAUCCUCAGCAAACCGUGGAGACCGAUCCCGACGUGAUCCCGAACAAAUUCGAGGGCAACCUGGUGGAAGUGAGUCCGCCGAGUUAUCCGGGUGGAUAUCCCCCGGGACACUGGGUCACGCCAGGACCCACGCCAAGCAUAGACGAGCUCUGCCACAAAUUCACCGGAAGACCGACGGAGCUGAGGUUACCAUCGAGAAGCACCAUCCCGAGCUUACAGAGCAUGCCCAUGACGGGGGUGAUGAUGGGCGGUGGACAGGGCGUCGUGGUGAGCGGCGCGCAGGGCAGCGGCGUAGUGACGCUCGGUGGUGGCCAGGGUGUCGUCGUCGGCACCGGCCAAGGAGUCGUCGUAGCCGGCGAGUGUCUGGACGGCGAGGCGAUCAAGAGACGACUGAUGGCCAACAGGCUUCCGGAGAGCUGCGUCUAG